GAUUUGAUUUGCUAUCAGUUUUUCUGACGAGCAGCUGUAGGUCUUUUCUGGCAUGAUGCGAAAAAUAAAUAUGUUAGCUGGAAGCGGCGUUCGUAGUUUUUAAAGUAACAGGGUGUAAGAAUUCCGGAUAAGAAAUAAGUAUUCUUCGUAAAUGAAUAGUCAAACGUUACUAUAUUUAUUUUAAUGAGUUUGAUGCUGCUCUAGUAGUUUAUGUUUUGCUAGUAUUUUCCCCAUGGAGACUGUGUUGCCGUUGUCUUAUUUUGAGAGAACUUGGUUUUCUAGCGUAAAUGGUGCUUAGCUAUAUCGGUGUAGUACAUUUGGAAGCUGCGUGUAUAUGUUUCUUGGCUAUCUAAUUUUACUUUUGGAUUUCAGUCUUUCGAUUAGGUGUGAACUUUGAACAUAGCAGAACGGUGUUGAUAGUACUUCUGCUUGCAACACAUCAGCAAACGUUUAUUUUGCGAAAGCAGUCGAGAAACGGCGUUGAAUUUCCAGUAAAUACACAUAGUGAGAUUGUGUUGAGAUGCGAAUUUGAAACGUCGUGAGGUGGAUUUUGAGUUCGAAACUCGCUUUUGAUUAAGGUAGUGCGGCAGAAAAAGAUAUCCCUAAUAUAGUGAAGUAUAUUACUUGGAGACAAUGGUAUUGGAAGCUGAGGAAAAAAUAUCUGCUGUGGAUUUCCAGCACCCUUACUGGCCACGAGAGCUAGUAAUUCCUGACUAUUUUCCUAAUGAUCGCAGUAUGUCAGAGAUUGUAGGGUUUCUGUUUUCUGUUUCUGGUGUGGUAUUAGUUGGGACAUGGCUGUUGACUACCCGGGUUCAGCCUGGAGGAACACGAAUGGGGCAUCUUCGACGAUUGGCAGUUUGCUGGUUUGCAGUCUGUGGUUUUAUUCAUGGUGUUAUUGAAGGCUGGUUCUCUUGGUAUUGCAAGGAAAUUGCAGCGGAUCGUUCCUUCCUUUCUCAGCUCUGGAAAGAAUAUUCAAAAGGGGAUAGCAGAUACAUCAUAGCUGACAAUUUCACAGUAUGUGUGGAAACUGUUACAGCCUGGGCCUGGGGUCCCCUGAGCGUGUGGACAGUGAUUGCAUUUCUGAAGAACUGGCCACAGCGUUAUGUUUUGCAGCUGAUUGUCUCUCUAGGUCAGUUAUAUGGAGAUGUGCUCUAUUUCUACACGGAGUAUCGAGAUGGCUUCCAACACAGUGAAAUGUGGCAUCCUGUAUACUUCUGGUUCUACUUUGUCUUCAUGAAUUCGCUGUGGAUUGUCAUCCCAUUUGUGCUGAUCUGUGAUGCCUGGGCCAACCUAAGCAAGGCACAGCAGGUUACUGACCAGGCUGUUCUGAAGCAUCAGAAGCUAAAGAGCAGAUGAAGCUUUAGGGAAUCGUGCCUGGACUGGAGUUUCAUUAAGUCAAGAAACUGAACUUACUGGGCUUUCUUUUUGACUUUUAAAAUGAAUAAUGCUGCAUGUGAUCUUAGAUAUGAAAGAAAAAGCUGAAGGCUGAUUUAAAAUCUUACAUUGCAUUAUUUUCCACAUACUGGUUACCGCUGAACUGAAAUAAUGUGAAAUUCAUGCAUUCAUUUUAAUUAUGGAUUAUAUUUCUUAUGAAAAUCUUUUCUGUUUGUCCUUUUAUUGAGUCUUUGGAUUGGGUCGACUUUCUGCACAGUGAGUUUCAGUAGCCACCUUCCUGCAUAGGAAAUCAUUGCUGGAGCAAUUUUGUAAUUGUGUGCUGGCAAUGAUCCACUUUCUAAGGAGAUCCCCCCGUUCUCAAGUCGGUGUGACUUUGGAGUUGGUAUAUAUAAGUUUGGGAGGUGUGGGAGGCUUGCCUUUCUCAUAAGGGGAGCAAGGGAGUUUGUCCCCGUGUGAAAAAUAAGAAAAAAGGAGUCUUUCACCAUCUUGAUUUUCGGGUAUUUGAUUUUGUUCUGUUGAAGCUUCAGCUUUCAGAAAGUCAGUGUUUAAUAGUAGAACCCUUUUAGCCACUCUGUUUUCAUUGCCAAACAACUGGGCAGCAGGGGUGAAUACUGUGGUUCCUAUUGACAACCUGAAAUAAUUAGUUGCAUGCAGCUGAAAUUUUGGAGAAAUGAAUGAAAAUACUGUAACUCCAAGGAAACAGUCUUGGUUUGAAGCACUCUUUCCCUCAGGAUGGUGAGGUACAGAGGUCUUGCCCCCCCUGAAAAAUAUGUUUCUUACUUUUUGAGAUUUAUUUUUUUUUAAAUGAACUGUUUCAGUUUGUGUUACUUAAAUUAAUUGUGAGUUGAUAUUUUGGUAUAAUUCAUUUUAAUAGUUACUGUGAUGAGAAUAUAUUCACUUUUUAGAAUAGUCUGAAAUAAGUCCAGCUGAAUUUUUGCAGUCCAUGAUAUUUGUUUAAUUUGCAGGUUGUUCCAAGCGGAUCAGCCAAAAACUCCAGUAGAUUUCUUUGGCUGAACCAGCACCAGUGUUAAUCAUCAGAAAUGGUGAGACAUCCCAGACCAUUCUGCUCUUGUCUUCAGUUCUCUGGAUAUUACUGCAUUGAUGUUCCUUACCAGAAAGGCAAGGGACAAGGCUAGAGACUGGAAAUGUGCAAUGUUUUGAGCUGGACAAUGGUACAAAUUACACUUGUCCUGUUUCAGUAGACCUCAGCACUGGUCUGCUGAAAAAAAAAAAAACACAAAAGUGCUACGUCCAGCUGUCAGCAUUUGUGUCAGGCCACAUCUCUUAAAAAGCAUAUUAAGAUAGUAAUGGUAGAUGUUAAGGCAUUCGUGGACUUUGAGCGUAAUGUUUGUAGUUAUCUGUUUUGGUCUCACUUACCUGCAUCUUUGUGCAGCUGGUUGAAGCGCAACAGAAGAAUUGCUUCUUUUUUCUUCCCCUUCAUUGACAUUUGCAAAAACUACCCUUGAAGACUGUAAAACAGUGGUCAGGUUGUUGUUUAGGAAGAUGCUGCUGUUUCACCUUCCUUUUCUCUAAUGGCAAAAGGUUGGCACAAUGCUAGGUAUGUAUAAGGCCAAAUCAUGUGUCUUGGUUUCUGAGUACCUGGCAUUGUCCUUUUUGUCUUCCAUCUUCCUUGAAGGAAUCCUGCUUUGUGGAAAAUUUUCAUUUAAUGCAGCAAGUGAUGGGUCCCCAACAGAAACUUGAGCUGGCUAAACAACACCUUCUUGAUGUUGGAAGCCCCAAACUCAAAGUUCACCUUGCUGGACUCUCUUGAGGGCUCUUUCCUUUGUAAUGGAAGAAGGGAAGCAGAACAAGUGAUCUGGUAAAAAGUGUCAUGAUACAUAGGCACUGUUAGAUUAAUCAGCAGGGUAAACAUGGUGGUUAUGGUGAGGAUAAUUAACUGAAAGCUACUUAAGUUACAUUGACAAAGAUUUUUUUAAAUUUGUUAGACUUUGUAUACAGCAUGACUGGAUUAUGCUUUCUGGAAAAAUUCUUUUAAAGUGGUUUAUAAUAUGUAAGUUAGACUAUGACAAGUACAAAAAUGGAAUUCUUUGUACUAUAUGUCUUGAUUAGUUUUAGUUUGAAAAUGUGUUAAUUAUACUCUCCCCUGCACAACAGAUAGAUCAAUAAUACGAGUAUGUGUAAUGUUAUGGAAAAUCUUGACUUACAAAUUAAAUAUGCUUUCAGAGUACCCUGGGUGGGUACAUUAUGUCUUAA